UCGCUCUCGGUUCUCGCUCUCGGUUCGCUCGGUUCGCUCGGUUCCCGCUCGUUUCGCUCGAUUCGGCCGAGUCGUGGAGAGACCUACACCGCGAUCGGCAUCGGCUGAGGCCGUGGAACAGUCCUCGUGCGACGCGCGACCGAGCUCGCCUCGACCCGGUCACCAGUCCUCUCCUCCUCCUCCUCCACCUCUUUUUCCUCUUUUACCUCCCUCCUUCUUCCGCGACUUCUUCCUCUUCUUCUCCGGUUCUUCUCUUCUUACUUCCCUCUCCAGCCGCCCGCUGACUCUUCUUUCCUUCCUCCACCUCCCUUCCUCGCUCCUUCGAGGCUUCUCCCUCUGUCCUUCCUUCUUGCGCCCUGUCGCCUAUGGUAUCUUCUGGUCCCGCAGUUGGCGGAGACAGGCUGGAGAGUUCGAUUCUCUGGCCGCGACUGGAGAGAGAGCAGCGGGGGAGGCAGGACGACGGACAGUGUGCGCGCGUGUCUGUGGACAGCACGGGAUCUCGCGGAACCGAGAGAAGCCUCUCUCUCCCGAUCCCUUCGGCGGAGGAAUUCUAGCUGGCGUGGCUCGGCGGCCGCCUCCACCUUCCUUCCCUCCACCCGACGUUCAUUCAGAGCCCUCCCUGGAUGGGAUGGUCCACACACCACGUCUACUCGGUACCGGGUUCCCCGCGAUAUUUUGUGACUGCCUGUCCGUGCGGUGCUCGUGUUAGCCUGACUCCUCGGCUCCCUAGGCCCGUCGCGGAAUAGGGAGGUCGACAUGACCCGGUUGGGAUUGCGAUUCGUCGCAUCCGCAAUUUUCCUGGCCGGGAUUGUCAAUGGGCAAUGGUCGGGCAAUCCACAACCCGUGGUGCCAUUGGGGCGAGGUGAUAUAGGAAAACCGAAAAACAGCGAUGACGACUACAAUCCUUCACAACGAUGGAAACAUUUCCUUACGAAUAACGAAGGUUCUGAAGAAGAUAAGCCAUACGUAGACAACUAUGACGACGAUCGAACCGACGAUGACGGUUAUGACAGAACACCCGAUGGUCGCGAUUAUCGGCCUGGAGGAUAUCCGUAUGAUGAUGCCGACAGAAAUGGAGGCUACAACGAGGGACAAGAUCGAGGUGCUCCGGAUCCUUACAAUCCAGCAGCCGGUGGUGAUUAUCAGGGAAGACGUCGUGAAUACGACGACAGAUAUGAUAGACCACCUGUGGAUAAUCGUGGAUCUGGGGACCCUUACAGCCAUGGGAGUUCAUACGGUCGUGGAUCGACUGGUAAUACAGGAUACUCACAAAGUCAAGGAGGAUAUGGAGCGGCUGGAAGUUCGGACAAUUAUCCGAGCAGUUAUUCGGCCGUACCAAUUCCAGGACGUGCUCCGCAAAAUUGUACGGGGUCAGCAUGCUGCGUACCGAAAUGUUUCGCAGAGAAAGGUUCCCGAGGUCCACCAGGUAUAAUGGGGCCACAAGGUCCCAAAGGUCAGAGAGGAUUUCCUGGAACAGAAGGUCUCCUAGGUCCAAAAGGGGAAAAAGGUGAUCCUGGACCUCAGGGAUCACGUGGGUUGAAGGGUGACAGAGGAAAAAUGGGUAUACCUGGAUUUCCUGGCAUAAACGGUGUUCCUGGAGUUCAAGGUCCGCCAGGAGCUCCUGGUUUUCCCGGACGUGAUGGAUGCAAUGGAACUGACGGUGAACCCGGUCAUGCCGGUGUUCACGGAGAACAAGGUCCCCGUGGUUUUAAAGGUCCUCCUGGCCUUAAAGGAGAGAAAGGACAAUCGGCAUUUGCAGGGUCGUUUCCUGUUGGUCAAAAAGGUGAACCGGGUAUCGAUGGUGUGAGAGGUCCUCCUGGACCACCAGGACCGCAAGGAGACCGUGGGUUCACUGGGCCAAAGGGUGAUCGUGGCCCUUACGGACAAUCUGGACCACUAGGUCCUAAGGGAGAGAAAGGAAACAUGGGAUUACGAUUCGAGGGUGCGAAAGGUGAUAAAGGUCAGAAGGGUGAACAAGGACCUCAAGGUACACCUGCUCCCGAAUUACCUUUCGUGGGGGUGACAGAAAUCACAGGACCUCCGGGUGAGCCUGGAGAAAAAGGAGAUAAGGGCGACAUGGGAUAUGAUGGAGUAAAAGGUGAACCAGGUUUACGUGGCGAUCAUGGUAUAACUGGCAGUUCUGGUGGAAAAGGAGAGAAAGGUUUGCCAGGUGCCCCGGGUAUACGAGGCAGAGAUGGUUUCUCUGGGCCUCCAGGUCCACCUGGUCGCAAAGGUGAUCGAGGUUACGAUGGUUUAGAUGGAUUGCCCGGACAUCCCGGUAAGAAAGGAGAGUCAGGACGUGAAGGCUCCAUGGGUGUUCCAGGAUUGCGAGGACCUCCUGGCCCACCAGGAGGCGGGAAAGGCACACCAGGUCCGCCAGGGCCGAAAGGGCCCCAAGGGUUCCCAGGUCCAACUGGGCCACGAGGUACUGAUGGAUAUCCAGGAGAUCCAGGACCGAGAGGGCCAGUGGGUUCAGCAGGAGGCCCCGGUUCACAAGGCAUUCCUGGUCCUGAAGGUUUGCCAGGAGAUAAGGGAGCGAAAGGGGAACCCGGUAUCACAGGAUUUCCAGGACCAACGGGACUUCGGGGUUUUGAUGGUCCACAAGGUCCUCCAGGAUCACGAGGUUUACCCGGAGAAAAAGGAUUAUCGAUAGCGGGUCCGAAAGGAAUGGACGGCGCACCUGGUUUAAAUGGAGAAAAAGGACAGAAAGGCGAACGUGGUUACGUUGGACCAAGAGGAUUCCCAGGAGAUUCCUUAGAUGGAAUUCCAGGAUUGCCGGGUGAAUCUGGUUUACCGGGAGAACCAGGAAAUUCUGGAAGAGAUGGUAUUCCGGGUGCUCCAGGAUCUACUGGUGAAAAAGGAGAACUAGGAGGGCGCUGUAUAGAUUGUCUGCCUGGCUUGCGAGGACCUAAAGGAGAUCGCGGUUUAGACGGUAGCCCUGGAAUUACUGGGCCUCGAGGACCACCUGGAGAACGAGGUUUUCCUGGAGAACCUGGUGCCGAUGGAUUACCAGGAUCCAUUGGUCCACCAGGACAACCGGGAAAUGACGGUAUUCCCGGCGCACCAGGACCUCAAGGAGAAUCUGGCACACCAGCAACAAUAUCGUGGGACAUGAUAAAGUUAGAAAAGGGUGAUAAAGGCGUACGGGGUGAACCAGGCCGAAUGGGACCGCAGGGUCCACAAGGUCCGAUCGGAGAGAAAGGUGCAAUUGGAUUGGAAGGAUUCCCGGGACUUAAGGGUGCCGCUGGUGAUCGCGGUUUUCCUGGACAAGAAGGUGUCCCUGGCAGGCCAGGUGUUCCAGGUCGUAAAGGAGAAAGUGGUCUGAGUAUAAAAGGAGAACCCGGAGAACCUGGUUGGCCUGGUCAGCGUGGUGACAAAGGUGAACCUGGUUUUGACGGAGACAGAGGCGAACCCGGUGAAUGUCCACCGUUAAACAUUACGGAGGGUUUAAAAGGUAACAGAGGAUUUCCAGGAGAAAAAGGAGCACCUGGAUUACCUGGGAGAGAAGGAUUCAAGGGUGAUAAAGGCUUACAAGGUUUUGCGGGGCCUGCUGGACCGCCAGGUGCAAUUGGUGGGCCCGGGCCAGUUGGAGCACGAGGAUUGCCUGGUCCUCGUGGAGAAAAGGGUAACAUAGGACCGAUGGGCUUUCCUGGUGAACCUGGUCGCGAAGGACCAAGAGGAUUCCCAGGUGCUCCAGCUCCGAAAGGAGAGAAGGGUGAAUCUGGAAUAUCAAUGAAAGGCGCUCGCGGUUUGACCGGACCAUCUGGCGAAAAAGGAGAGAAGGGUCUUCCAGGUCCACCAGGAAAAGAUGGUCCUGUUGGUUUCCCAGGUUUACCAGGAUUUGCUGGAGAAAAGGGUGACCUUGGAAUUCCGGGAAUAAGUGGUUUACCUGGUGCGCCAGGAGAAAAAGGAGACACAGGUCCAAUUGGUCCUCCAGGUCCUCCUGGUGUAGCAGGAACUCCUGGCAUUGAUGGCAAUAAAGGUGAACCAGGAUUGACAGGAGAACCGGGUAGACCAGGUCUACCAGGUUUUCCAGGCACGAAAGGGGACAGAGGUGAACCAGGUAUUGACGGGCAGAAGGGAUAUCCUGGACGACGGGGUCUACCUGGUUCGCCUGGUCGAGCUGGAAUAGCAGGUUUAAUCGGCAUGAAGGGUGAGCGUGGAGAGAAAGGUUCACCAGGAUUCCCUGGAUUGCGUGGCUUAGAUGGAAAACCAGGUCGCACGGGACAACCUGGAAACAAAGGAGAUGCAGGUCCUACCGGGAAUCCUGGUGCGCCAGGCCCCGUUGGAUUCGACGGACCUAAAGGUGAUCUAGGUCCAGUGGGAUUCCCAGGCCGUAAAGGAGAACCUGGCCUGGUGUCAGAAAAAGGACAAAAAGGUGAACCGGGAAUGCCAGGAAUUCGUGGACCUCCAGGAGCUCCAGGAAGGGAUGGUAUAGAUGGUAUCAAGGGAGAAGCUGGAAUACCUGGUCUUGGACGUGAUGGUGCGCCUGGUCCGAAAGGUGAUGCCGGCAUACCAGGUCGUGAUGGUUUACCUGGACUGACGGGUGAGAAAGGAGACACCGGUGUUAGAGGAUAUCCCGGCGUGAAAGGAGAUCAAGGACCGUAUGGCCCGCCAGGUGAACCAGGAACGCCCGGCAUCGAUGGAUUACCCGGUGAACCAGGUGAUAUCGGUUUGCCUGGUCCCCGUGGUUUCCCAGGAUUAGACGGAAAAAUGGGAGCUCCCGGUCAACCGGGUCUCAACGGCGUAAAAGGAGAUCGCGGUCUUUCAGGUCCUACUGGAUUCCCUGGAUCGCCUGGUAUUAUCGGAGAGAAAGGUGAUCGUGGACCACCUGGGCCAACAAUUCAAGUUAAAGGUGAAAAAGGUGAACCCGGUAUUCCUGGUCGACAAGGUUUCCACGGAGAGAAGGGUGAUCAAGGAUUGGAAGGUUUGGCUGGAUAUGACGGUGAGAAAGGAGACAGAGGCCCACCAGGUCCAAUCGGAAAUCCUGGAAUACCAGGAGCUAUGGGUGUAAAAGGGGAUGAGGGACUGGUUGGACCAUCAGGUCUCCCUGGAGUAACUAUUAAGGGUGAGAAAGGUUUACCAGGACUACCUGGAAAGCAUGGACGAGAAGGAAUACCCGGGAUACCUGGACAAAAGGGAGAGCAGGGCUUGCCUGGUCUACCAGGUCAUAAAGGAAAUCAGGGCCCCUACGGGCCUCCUGGCCCGAUUGGUGAAAAGGGUGACACGGGUCCUGACGGGAUACCUGGUUCACCAGGUAAAGACGGUUUACCAGGUCCCGAAGGAAUAAUGGGCCCGCCAGGUUUUGAAGGUAAAAAAGGAGAUAAUGGAUUACCAGGAUUAAGUGGUCUACCCGGACAGAAGGGAGAACCAGGGCCCCGAGGGCCAAGUGGAUUGGACGGAUUACCCGGAGAAAAAGGUGAAAGAGGUUGGGACGGUGUAAAUGGUUCUCCUGGAGCUCCUGGACCGAAGGGUGAUAGAGGUUACGCUGGUCAGACUGGAAUGGUGGGUGUUCCUGGUUUUACUGGUGUCAAGGGCGACAAAGGUGAUGAUUGUAUUGAACCACCGAUGGGACCAAAAGGUGACCGUGGACAUCCUGGACCUCCAGGUCAAAUAGGACAACCAGGGGAGAAAGGUUUGCCGGGACCAGCAGGAUUCCCGGGAUUGGACGGACUGAAAGGUAUGGAAGGGAUCGCAGGAUCUGCAGGACCACCCGGUCUCCCUGGUUUGCCUGGACGUAUUGGCGUACCAGGAGCACCAGGUUUGCAAGGUCCUCCGGGAGCUCUGGGUGCUCCAGGAGAGCCCGGACUACCAUGCGAAGCAUCACCUGAUUACCUGACUGGUUUCCUGUUGGUCAAACACAGUCAAAGCCAGUCGGUACCUGUUUGUGAGCGCGGACAUAUCAAACUCUGGGAAGGAUACAGUUUAUUGUAUACAGAUGGCGAUGAAAGAGCUCAUUCGCAAGAUUUAGGUUCCGCCGGAUCCUGUGUAAGAAAGUUCUCAACAAUGCCCUUCCUAUUCUGCGAUGUCAACAACGUCUGCCACUACGCCAGCCGGAACGAUCGUUCUUACUGGCUGUCGACCAAUAGUCCAAUUCCCAUGUCGCCUUUAGAGGAAACAGCAAUAGAAGAAUAUAUCUCCAGAUGUGUAGUAUGCGAAGUUCCUGCGAAUGUGCUAGCCGUACACAGCCAGUCAUUAAACAUUCCAGAUUGUCCGAAUGGAUGGACCGGCCUUUGGAUCGGAUACAGUUUUGUCAUGCAUACUGGUGCCGGUUCUCAAGGCGGUGGACAAUCAUUGUCCAGCACUGGAUCUUGUUUAGAGGACUUCCGUGCGACACCUUUCAUCGAGUGUAACGGCGCUAAAGGACACUGCCAUUACUAUGCGAACGAGUUCAGCUUUUGGAUGGCCACUAUCGAAGGUCAAUUCCAAAGGCCAGAGAAACAAACAUUGAAGGCAGGAAACCUCAGAUCGCGAAUAAGUCGUUGCCAAGUGUGUAUAAAGGACACGUAGACCCAUGUACGCGCGUUUAUUCUUGCUCUCUUUUUCUCCUAUUCACAUUUUUCCUCUUUAUUUUGUGUUCUUUUUUUUUACUCGAGAGAAAUUACUACUGCCGAUAACUAGAUCAUCGAAAAAAUGAAAGAAAUCGAACCAAGAAGAACAAAUCGAAGUCUCGCGAUGGAACGAAGGAACAAUCGUUCGCCGGUUGCUUUCCGAAGAAUUCGCGCCGGUGACGUCUGAAUAAAGAGAACGGCGUAGCUUCUUCCUUCGUUUUUUCCAAUUCUCCUUGCAUAUAUAUCUCGCUUUCCUUAUCUUCUAAUACUUUCUCUUUCUACUCCCUAUCAAUGUCCGGUUCGGAAUAAUUUUUACUCAUAAUUUUCUGUCUUCCUUUGCCUUCAUUUCUCCACGAUUUUCUCAUCUCUCGCCAAACGCCACUUCUCUCGUCUUACUGCCUGCCUUCGAAUUCCCCGCGAGCGUACCCUCAUACCCUUGUAAGUUUUUUGUUUUUCUAUAACUAUUCAAACAAGUGCCUAGCGUACUAUUUUCUAGCAUGUAAAAAAUAAUAUAUAUAUAUUAUAUAUAUAUAUUUAUAUCUCGUUAAUGUCAUAUGAAAAUUAAGUUUAUCGUACUAUCAUUGGACACUGCCCAUAUACAAUAUGGCAUACUUUACACAUUGUAUAUUAAUAUAAACGAACUUAGCCUGAUAAUCGUGUGAAACCAAAUAUUUAAGUGAAUAGGUAUUUUGCUACGUAGCUAAUAAAAUUCUAUUUUCAAACUUUA